GGCUUUGGGAGACAUGUUGAAAAACAGAGCGAAGUUGUGAAAUUUCUUUGAAAAACGACGUAAAUAGUAAAGAGGCGACACAAAAGGUUAAAAUGUGUACGGGUUUUGUUGGAAGUAUAGUGUCUUUGGACUGUGGUGAGACUCUGGGUACUUACCAAGGUCUGGUCUCCAAAAUUGACGAAUCAACUCAGAUGGUAUCAAUCACUCAGGCCUACAGAAAUGGUGUAAAAUGUGAUGUACAAGGCAUUACAAUCAGUGGCAGUGAUAUAAAGGAGUUAAAAAUCAUCAAAAACAAGGAAGAGGCAAAUGUAGUUUUAAAGGAAGCUACACCAUCAAAGCUUUUAACAGUUAGUUAUAACUCAGAAUGUCCUUCUCCUGUUAAAGUAUGCAGUUUGGAUACAUUCAUAUUUCCAGAAGAAAAUGGUCCCAAUGUACAAAAUAGUGCUCCUAGAAAUGGAUACAGAAAAAAUGGCUACAAACAUAUAUCUAAUGGGCAGAGAAUAUCUCCUCCAAAUGGACAAAGAAUAUCUCCUCCAAAUGGACAAAGAGUUUCUCCUCCAAAUGGACAGAGAAUUUCUCCUCUAAAUACUCAAAGAUUAUCUCCCCCUAAUGUUGGCUACAAUAAUAGACAAUCACCAGCAAAUGGUCAAUAUCAGCAAAGAUAUUCUCCUAAUGAAUGUAAUGGCAACAGGAGGUCUCCUUCUGAUAUGAAUGGUAAAUACAAAGCCAGAUAUUCACCAAAUAACAUUCUUCAAGAGAGAAACCAUACACCAACAUAUGAUAAUGGAAGAAAUCCUGAUAGUUACACACCUUCAAAAGAGGACCAAGGAAUGAGACCUCGUCUCAACUCUGCCAAUGAAAAUCGGAAUAAGAAACCAUCAACUCCAAGAAAGAUAGAUUUUCGUAAAAGAUCACAGUCAAGGGAUGAUUGUUGUUUUAGUGCUCCAACACAGUCUUGCAUGGCUGAAUUUGAUUUUGAAAAAAAUUUGGCUUUGUUUGACAAAAAAGCUGUUUUUCAAGAAAUAGAAAACUCUGGACCAGAAAUAAUACGGGCCAAUGAACCGAAAAAGCCACUUAAGUACAGACAUGAUGAAAAUGUGCUUGAAACCAAAAAGUCAGUUCUCCAGCAGAUCAAAGUACCAAAUGGACAUGGCAUGUCUCAAUUAUUUGUUACAGAUACAGGGCUAGUUGUUCCUAGUAUUUCACCCGACUUAAGAAGUCGCUUAUUUUCUACUGCUGAGAAGUUUGGGUUUACUCAAGAGAGACAGAUAGAAAUGGUUGGACGUUCAGCUAGUGAAAUGGUUCUUCAGCUUCUCGGAGGCCCACACAGAUUAAAUCCAAACAAUGGGCAUCAGGUGCCUACAGUAGUGCUAUUAUGUGGGCCACACCUUCAGGGAACUCAGGCUAUUAACUGUGCCAGACAUCUGUCCAACCAUAACGUUAAUGUCUAUCUAGUCCUGCCAAACUUUAUCAAAAUGAACAAAUAUAUGGAGGAGGAACUUAAACUGUAUGCUUUCUGUGAUGGCAACAGGAUCUCAAAUCUUAAAGAUCUCCCUUUAGGAUCAGUUGACAUCAUCAUAAAUGCAUUAGACAAUCAGGAAACACCAAAUCUCAAAGAUCAAGUCUGGUACAAGACCUUAGUUGAAUGGGCCAACCAAAACAGAGCUCCUGUGUUAGCUAUGGACCCACCAGUAGAAUCCAAUUCAGUCAGAGCCAAAUGGUGUUUAAGUAUUGGACUUCCCUUAAACAUGGCAAUGCAGUCAUCCCAAUUAUACUUAUGUGAUCUUGGCUUCUCAAAGAAAGUCUUCGCAGAAGUGGGAAUAAAAUACUUGUCACCAUUCUCACACAAGUUCACUAUUCCUCUUCAUCCAAAAGAGUAACUUCCUAGCGUUAGAUUACAUCAUUCAUCGUGUAAAAACCAUUGUAUUCUACAUCAAUGUCAAUGUGCUGUUUAAAACAUUCCUAACACUUUGAUGCCAAAAAAGUGUCUCCUCGAUUUCAGUAGAGACAAAGCCAGAAAAUGGAUUGCAAGCAGCAAUUUAUGGUGUUCUAUUGAAUUGUAUUUUAUUUUUUGGUGUUCACUAAAGUGCUUUCAUAAUGUUGUUUAUUUCUACUUUAAUGUGGUGCUCUGUCCACAUUGGACAUUAGAUAUAUUCUAUGACAGAUUUGUUGAAUGAAUUCCAAAUCAAUCAUUUGUACAGAAAUUCUUGGUAUGGAAGUGUUUUAACCAUCGUUGGUGAAACAUAUUCAUUGUGUGCCAAUAUAGAGAGACUGACCAAACUUGCAGUAUGACGAAAAGUGAAAUGGUCAUCACUCAACCAUUUUAUUUUAAAAUCAAAAAUAGAUAUGUUUAGAUGUAUACUGGUUUUAAAGAUAUGCUGAUAACUUGUAUAGAAUGGAAUAAGAAAUUAUCAUUGUCAUACUAGACAAAAUUGAUGUUCUACAUUUCAUGUACUUUUGUUUUUGUGGUGAAUUAUGCUUUUAUGAGAUUGCAGAAAUGAAAGGUUAAAUAAAUGAUUUUUUAAAGAAAGAUAAACUAAGAGAAAGAGAAUAUGACUAAUAAGAAAAGAAAAGGCAACGAAAACCAGGAGAUGAAAAUACUGAAGAAUGAGGAAAGAUUUGGAAUAAGCCAGAAAUAGGAAAAUAACGAAUGCAAAACGGGAUUAGUUUUAUAUAGAACAGAGAAGAUAACAAAUCAAUAGAAUAUAUAAGAAAUAAACAUACAAGAUUUUAUUCUUCAGUGAUAUUGACAUUAGAAGAAUCAAAACAAAGGAAAUGGACCUUAAAUUUGUGUGUGCUUUUUUUUGGUGCUCAGUGGACUGUGCCCACUUGUUUUGUGUUCCUUAGGUUUUUAUCAUUUUGUCAUGCAUUGUUGAUCUCAAUGUGAUAGCUAGGGUGUGCAAUAUCAUGACAAAAAUGGCAGCUAGCCUUGGGAACUGCAGAUUUUAUCACACAUAUCUCCAUCGUUACUUUGUUUAUUUUUAUGAAUUGUUUAUGUCCGAAUGUGUGCCAGUAUUAAUUGUGAUAUUUUGUUUGUAAAUAAAUUUGCUUUCAUUUCUUUUUAAACAUUAAGUAGGUUUGAACGUUUAUUUUCUGAAGAACAAUGUAUAUAAGGUGAACUACUUAAUCAUCGGAUAAAUUGUGAAUCUUUUUAAACAAUUCAGUAAUUUUGCAGAUCUUUGGCUUUUUCAAUAUCAUUUUCAAUUUUUUUUUUUUUUUAACAAGGAAUUAUUUAUAAAAAGUGAAAAUUUGUUGUACUUUACUGAUUGGUUCAUUGUUUUGUACAGACAAAAUAUCAAUUUGAAAUAUAUAUAAGAAUUUUUUGAAUCGGAUUAUCUUGGAGUUAAAGAAACUCAAUUCAAACAAGAAACCUAGACAAAAAGAUGAUUUUCAAAAGUUCAUAUCUUUUGUUUGAUUAGUUUUAAAAUGUUGAAAGACAAAAAAUGCUUUGCUAGUAAAACACUAGAAUUAUCAGCAUUUUAUAUUAUAAUAAGUUAAUUAAUGAAUGUUCGUAUGUCAGUGUUUGUGUGUUGUGGUUCAUAUGUAUAUAAUCAUACUCAUUAUAUAUUGAUUCAUUACUGUAUGUAUUGAUGGUAUGCAUCUUCGGACAAUUUUUUUGUUGUAAAUACUGGUUAUGGUGAGUGUAUGUAAAUAUGAUUCUUGUAUUAUUUUCAAAAUAGUCAAAUAUUGCAUUCAAGGUUGACAGACUAAUUCUGUUGUUGUAUGAUCACAUUACAUAGUUGACAACAUAUUUUACAAGGAUGCUUGUACUGGUUGUGUAACUCCUUUUGAUGAAAGAUUGGAAAAGUUUUAAGUUUGAUCUUGUCAGUAAAAUUUAACCUAAAGAAUAUGAAUAUUUUAUCAAGUUAAUUGACCAGUAAACUCGUAUACACCUGCCAUCUGUAAACAUUUGGCAGUUGAAGUUUUCAUUUUAUUCUGCAAAAUUCAACUGAAGCAUUUUUAUCAUGUUUAUGUAAAAAGGCUAAAUUAAUUGAGGAUCUUAAAGGUGCUGUUUGGUAUAUGAUGAGCAUAUAUUUAAGUCUUUCCAUUAUGGCAUAGCUGAUAAAUUUAGGAUAACAAUAGAAAUAUUGUAGAUGGCUAUUGUAAAUCACACAUUCUAUUAUGUUUUAACAUGUACAGUAUUUUGAAGUAAUAUUUCCAUCAUAUGCCAGGUAGCAAUUGUAAUAAAUAAGAAAAGGAGGAAUUUGUCAUCCAUCAAUUUUAUAUGAAUUUGAAAAAUUCAAAUUAAUUUCUUUCACAAAGGAAAGAAUAUAUUGCAUUAGAAUUAAAAGUUGAAUUUAUUUGACUAUUUUGGAGUAAUAUCAUCAGUUUACUAAUUUGAUGUACAUAUAUAUCUUGAAGUAUUUUUCUAUCAUUUUGUGUUGAUCCAUUAGUUUGUAUAGUAAAUAUUGUUGUUGACAACCAUGCUCAAGGGACAUAACCACUGCUAGUCAAUUGUCAUACCUUGGAUGCAUGGACACUGCCAUUUUGUGUAAAAGUGAGAAAUACAAACAACAAGUCCACCUCAGUUGUCAUGACAAUUACAUUAUGUAUAUUUCAUGCAAAUCUUCCAUUAUGUACUUUGUUAUCUCAAUGAAAAUAAGAUAAUCUUCAAUUGCUAUUCUGCUAUAUUUCAAAACAGAUUUGAUUAUUUUUUUGUUAUUUAGGAUAUUCUUAUUGAUGUUUUCUAUUCAUCAAGUUGUUUAUAGGUUACAUGUGUGGCUUAAUUCUGAGUAGUUGGUAUUUUUAUCAUUCUCAUCAAACAAAGAACCCAUUGAAAAUGUGUCAAUUACAGUGAAUGUUUACCAAAAUAUUGGGUAGGAGUUAGGCCUAUAACAGGAAGUACUAGUUUCCAUAGCCAUAUGAAAACGCCCAGCAGUUCUAUUUAUACAAAAAUAAUAUGUUCCUUCGGAUUUUUCCAAACAGCUCAGACUUCUGUCUUUGAUUUGUGUUAUGUAUUGAAUAUGGAACAUUCAAUUUGAAAUCACCACAAUUUCUAACUUCUGAAAUGAUUAAACACCAUUGGAGCCAUAAAAGGAAUGGGAUUCUAGUCCAGGUAUUAUUGGUAUCUGUAUUUUAAGGGUUUAUUAUCAUUUUCUUAAAGUAAAUAAAAUAGUCCUGAUAUUACAUUUUAUUGCCUGAGGUUGUAUUUUUUGGUAUAAAUGAGGUGUAUCAGUAUUUAGUACUUACAAAUGGCAUAUUUUUAUAUUCAGCAACCAAUUUGUUGACUAUUUGUGUUAUAUAUUACAAAAUGUUUGACCUAUUAUUGAAAAUGAGUGCUUUAUGAACCAACAUUCGUCAUGGUAAUAUGUGAUAUUGUGUAUAUUUCAUUGCAUUAAAGGCCACGGGAAAUAUUAAAAGAGACAAAUUUUGUCUUUUGUAUUUUAAAGUUUAUUUAUAAUGAAAUAGAAGUAUCAUGUUUGGUUGAUUUUUUUCAAAUUCUCUGCCAAACGUUCAGUUAAACUAUAUUGAUCUGUAUAUAUUUAUAUAUAUAUACUGCACUGAAUAUCAAAAUAUAUAUAUAUCAAGUCAAAUUAUGACAGUUUACCAUAGGUGUUGGAAAUUUAAUCAUAUUUGUGAUUAAAAAAUCAAAUAAACUUCAGUGAAGAAAUUAUAUGUUCACAAAAGCACUAUUGUUUACCAUAAUUUUAUAUUCUUAUUAAAUGCACACUGACUAAAAUUUUAACACCUAUGCUCUGUAUAUGUAAUUAUGCUGUCUAUUCCUUGUACAGAAAUAUGUGCUAACAGCAAUUGCUUUGAAUGCAUAUCAGAGGUUAAGUUUCAAAGCAUUAUUCAAAAUGUAGUAAAAACGUAUGAAGGAAUAAAAGGCAUAUAUCAUAAAAAAUAAUUGAGGAACUAUUUAUUAAUUGAUAAAAGAUGUGCUAUAAUUUGAUAAUUUGACCAAACUUGAUACUACAUUGGACCAAUACAUAGGUGUGUUACUACAUUCUUGAUAUGUAUCAGGGUCAUAUAUUACAUUUUAUUAUAUGCUGUGUGUCGUGUAGUUUUAAUCUGUAUUUUUUGUCUCAACUACCAAAAAAAUGUAAAAUAAACCAAAGAAAAAAUGUUGACAUAAUUAAUACAGUCAAGAAUUAUCAUGGCAAUUACUUUGUUAAAAUUAUUUAUUGUUAAGUAUGAAUGAAAAGAGUCCCGUAAAUUAUGUUUACAAAAGAAUUUUAUUGUGUAAAUGUAAUUACGUUUGAUAGCAUGUUGAAUUGUUGGUGCAGAUGUUUUUUUUACAUUUUAACAAAAAACCAGAAAUGGUCAAGAGAUUUUGUUGACUUUUUUGUCCUUAGAUAUUUUCCAAUGAAAAGCUAGAUAUUAUAGCUAUUUGUGCAUGUGGGAGUACAGUAUUUAAAAACAUUUUUGUUUUCAUCAGAUAGUCAAUUAUAUGUUUAGUGCCUUUAUUAUGAAAAACUUUGGACAUUAUUCCCGCUUACUGUAAAGAAAUGCAAAAUGUAAGUGUAGACUGAGGAGAACUUAUUUAGUUCACAUUAUUUUUAAAGAAGACCAAAACAUAAACAUGUUAGUUAUUGUUUUUAAAAGAGAAAUUAUAUCACAAUGAACUCCCACAUCUGACAAAAAUGUCUGAGCUACAGGCUUUUAAAAUACCUGGAAUGAGGACAUUGAUUAUUUGUUGAAAAUAUUUUUAUUAUUUAUGAUGUUGUAUGGAAGUAUAUAUGUAUGUUCAUAAAUGAGUGAAAGAUUAAUUAUUAUAAUAUCCAUUACCUUACAAAGGUCUCUAUGGUAACAAAUGAACGUGAAAGUAGUAAUUAUAUUCAUGUACUGAGUACACAAAUGUGUAAAAUUGAUGACUUAAUUUUCUGAUAACCCAAAAUAAGUCAAUAGAUAGAUUCCUUAUAAAUCUAAAUUUCAUAUCAUAGUUAUUUUAUAGCAGAAAAGUGAGUUUUAUUUAAGCUGAAAGUACAAUUCAAUAAAAGAAAUCCUGAUUUUAAAAAAUUGAAGGGAAGUUAAAAAGAAAUUGUUCAUACUAAACAAUGCAGCUGUAAUGAUAUGAGAUUGUUAGAGGGAAGCCAUCUGUGAAAUAAUUCACACACUCAGGUAAAACUAUCAGCACAGUGAAAUAAAAAAAUGAGAGCUCAGUUAAUGAGAGAAUUUUGAAAUUAUAUCAUUGUUUGUUAUGAAUGUGAAAAGUUAUUUUUUAUUUUAUAUUUUAAAACAUUAUUUGAGGGGCAUUUUUAAGAAAUAAUCAUGAGUUAAAACUAUCAGUGCAUUUGACAGUCAUCAUAGUCUAGUCAUAAAAUGUUUGAAACACUCCGAACUUGUCUACUAGCCCACACUUAACCCUUGAAAUGUUUAUCUGUUGUCAAAACUCACACAAUACUAAAAUGGUUAAGAAAAUCAAGCUGAUUUUAACAGAUGUUGCUCAGUUUAAGCAAAUCAGCUCCAAUAUGUUACGAUACUUUUAGACUAUUUUGAAAUCAGCUGUUCAACUUGUUGAUUAAAUUAAAUACAAUGGCAAGCAUUAUAAAAGUGUGUGGAUUGAUUCUGGUAAAUAUAUGAAUCAAUCCUGAAGUGGGGAAAAAAAUAAUGCUGAAACGUGCUUCAUACGUUAAAGUAGUUAUGCAAGAUCUGGAGUUUUGUUAAUUUUAAAUUUGAUAUAAAUGAGAUUCUACUCUCUUUGAUAUUGGGGAUACUGUAAAAUUCCUGUUAGCUUAUCAUGCAUUAUUGUCAUUGUUCAUAUAUCAUAUAUAGAUACAUAGAAAAUAAGCAAUUAUUUUAUGUGAUGGGUACACAGAUGUGUUGGAAAUCAUGGCUUGUUGGAGGAGACUUUUAUUAUCAUAGAUGAUAUACUAAUGUUAUUUUUUAUCAUGUAUAAUGUUUUAGAGAGAGAAAGUUAACAAAAAAAUAUGAGAAAAAUUUAGAUAAAAUUACAAAAUUUAAAUCUCCAUUGAACAACAUGUUCCCAUACAAACCAUGUUCUGAUACAUCUGGUACCUACAUACUUAAAGGAUACUGAUUAGAGAUGACAUCACAAUUUGUGAUAGUAGCAUUGACACCAUGCUUGAAAUUAAGUAGAAAUGACUCCAGGGUUUAUCAGGGAUAACAUGAGGGUUUAAUACAAUUGAGUAUAAAGUUUUGGAUUGAAAAUGCUUAAAGUGCAACAUAUCCGAUUUUAGAAAAUAUAGUGAAGCCAGACAAAUUCUGUACAAGGUUUCACUGUAAUGCAAAAAGAGAUGCAAAAAAUGUUAAAGACAUAAUUAAAAGUGGGAGAGGGUGGGGACAAGUUGCGGGGGGGAUUGAAUGGGACAAAUUGGGUUUUUAAAAUAAGUCAUCUUGAUAACACGAAAAUUUACAUACAACUUUGGGUGAAUAAGGCUUCUUGAAUUUUAAGGGGGGAAAUCAUUAGAAAAGAAGAGUUAGAAAUAGCACACGCAAUGAUUUUAAAAACAAAAAUUUUCAUAAACUAAGAAGUGAAUCCACAGCUAAAGGUGUUCUCUUUUAAAUUAUAAAGUUGAAUAAUUUUGAUUUUAAACAACCUAUUUGCUGAUGGUGAGGGUAGGAGGGGGACUGAUAAGUUUCUUGUACAGAAAUAGUUCUGUAUUAGAACAUAACUUUUCUAUUUUAUGUUUAAUUAUUUAAUUUUGAAAAUAUGGCUAUUUUUGAGCUAGAGUUGAAAAAUACUUUGCUUUUGGAGUUUUAAAUUUGGUUCCUCAACAAGAAAUAUUUCCAAACAUUUCAAUUUUCAAUCAUUCAGUAAAAUAUUAAGAAAAUAACAAAUUUAUUGAAGGAAAAUUGAUACAUUAUGUGAUUUUUACAGAAAAGUGAACUAAUUAGUAAGUAAAACAGUACUUGUUUUUUUGUGGAAGUUAGAAAAUAAUGCAGGAGUUUUUGCAUUCUUUUAAAUAAAAGUACUCUUUUUUAUACUAAUAAGUUAGGAAACAUUAUUGGAAUUAUUGAAACAUUUUUGAUACUAUUAUAAAAUGCACUGAUUAUGGUGCUUUGUAUCUACAGAGAAUUUGUUGUUGUAUCUGUACUUACUUUUAUUCAGAUUUAUAAUAUACUCUUCUUUGUAAAUAACUAGUUGAAAAAAUACCAGACAAUUAUAAAAAAUAAAAAUACUUGUGGACAACAUUGUAUAUUUUAAAAGGAAUUAGUAAUUUUUACAUUUAGAACAGGGUAUUUUCUUAACAAUGAUUUAUGGGUGAAAUUUUCCAUGUUUAGAAGUUCUAAAACUAAAAGUUAGUAAUCUGAAUAGUAUAUUAUAUUUUAUUUUUUCUUAAUUUCUUCAAGCUUUUAUAAUUUUAUUUUUAUGUCAUAUUUUAAAGAAAUUUUAAUAUAAAAUUUUACUUGAUAUAAAGUUGUUAAAAUAUGUUGUUAGUUAGUAUUAUUCUUAUAAGUAAUAAUUGUUUUGAGUCCUGUGUGUUACAUUUUUAUGUAUUAAAUUUUUCAUUGGUCUUAAUGUUCAAAAUGCUAUAAAAGGUGUUAAAAGAAUAAUUAGGAAAUGUCAUUAAUAUGCUGGGUUCACACGUACAUACUGGUGUUCAUUGAAAACGUAUCAAAUGAGUAUAUAAAACUGUUAUGUCCACUCAUUCCAGCUGGUCAUCACAUGAUGGUCAUUAAAUAUGACAGAUUAUUGUAAACAAUUAUAUAUUUCUGGGUUCACACACAAUACACAUUUGACACAUUUUCGACCAAAUAGCUUUCGACAAUGGGCAUUUAUUGUGUGUUAUGUGUGAACACAGCAUUAGUAUCUCCUCGCGAGAGAAGACAGUAAAAUGUUUUUAUAAGAAUUGUAACACAUCAGGAUUAGACAAGCUAUGGAAAAUUUAAAACAUCCAUGCAGUGUUCUCAAUUCAGUCUUAUCAAGUAAAAUACUGUAAAUUCAGAAAGUUUUGCCAUGUUUUUAUUGUUGCAAAAAUUGCAAGAGGAUUUGUUUUUCAUAAAUAAAAACUGUCAUUUUAAAUUUUAAUAGCAUUAUUUGUAUGCCAAAAAAAUGCAACAUUUUCUGAAAUUUCAAUAAUUAAUCUCACAUUUCUGUCCAAUUUUAACAAUUGCAAUAAUAUAUGCAUGAGCAAAUUUCUGAAUUUACCUUGACUAAAUAUCACAUGACUUAUUUUUCAGUCAUAAAAUUUAUCUGCAAUAAAACCUGUUUUGUAUCUGUUAAGUACUUGUAGCUUUCUUGGUAUGUUUUAUAUGAUUUUACAUCUUAAACUUUAUAUUAACAAUAAGAAUAUUUUUCAGACCUUUUAAUGAAUGGAGGUGUUACUGGUAAGUGAGGAACAAGUUGCCAGAUUUUAGCGUUAGAAAUGAAAGUUGGAAAUAUGUAGUUGUCAGUCAAAUUUUGUGGCUUGGACAAAUUGUUCCUUACAGGGUUGUUAAAUUGCUCUAAUUUUACAACUGGUAAUGGCCAUUAGUUUCAAUCAAGUUUUUAAAUACAAAACUUAAGCUUGUAUUCAAACAGUGUUUAAGACUAGUGAAUUUUAUAACUUUAAUAUGUAAACUUAUGAAAAAUAUCCAGUCUCAGCCAACUAUUGUGUUCCAGUAUUGGUUUAAACGAUAUUAAGCAGAUUACUUUACUUAAUGCAUAUAUGUGUAUGGUAUUUAUGAUUUGAUAGCAGAAAAUUUGUGAUAAAAACAAAAAUUUCAAAUACCAUGCUACAAGGAAGACCAUUGAAUAGAAUAAUUUUAUAGAUAGUGGUUGUAAUAUUUAUGUUCUUUUUAAAGAAAAACAUUGUUAAAAUCCAUUCCUAUUUAUGGAAGAUUGCAGAUGAGACUGAACUUUCUCUUUAUUGUCAGUGAUAAGUGGUGCAGUAUAUUUGUACUUCUGAUUGAAGUAAUAUUUGUUAUGAUUUACACAAAACUUGUUAAAACUUUCAAGUAUUUUAACAAUUUUAUGCAAGUAUAAUUUAUUUUAUUGCUUUUACCUAUUUUUCUUAUGUUAUUUGUUUUAGUAUAUUAUUGUACGGAGAUGUAUAAACACCACCAUAUGUUGUUGACAAUAUUUUGUUCUGUUAAUUUGUUAUUUGGGGUUAAUCUUUCAUUAUUAAACCAAAUUAAGUAUAAAAUUUCAGAUUUAAGAAAUUAUGGUAUAAAACAGUAAUUUAUUGUAAAAGUUGAUUUAAAGAUAAAAGUAAGAUCUUUGACUGUAAACAUGGACUGGAGUAAACAAUGUACGAUUUUUAAAGAAACAAAUAUAGUCAACAUAAUUUGGGGUUGAGGCAUUGAAUUUUCUCGUUAUUAAGUUUCUUGAGCACAGAGUCUGUUUGAUUUUACUAAUAUAAAGUCACCUGGUGGAUGUAUAAAUUCAGAGUAAUCUGUGUCUUUCAAUAUGGUUACUUGAUUAUUCCGAUACAUUUGAUAAAUUUCUUUUUUACUGAUAGUUUUUAUAACACCAAAAGGGUCAUUUCAUAAUGCUAAUAUUCCUGUUCCUUUUGUUAUUUUAUUUUUAUGCUUAUGGAUGCAUGUUUAACUAUGAAGAAGACAUGAACUUAAGUAAUAAAAAUCAUAAAAUUUGUUAUUGGAUAAGUUUUUUUUCUAAUCAUCUUGCCAGUGCAAUAGUCUGAUAACCCAUGUGUAAUUUCAACAGACCAUCAAUACACUGGAUGAAUGUUUAUCUGUUGAGAAAUAGAUAAAGGUACUAAGAUUAUCCUGUAUUUGGAAAGAAAGUCCACCUUUUUGAAGAAGUAAAACAAGUUUAUUUUGCAAAUUUGUCUUGUUCAGAACUUAAAUAUUUCUUGAAGCUUUUUUAAUAAAAACCAUUCAAAAUUAAGACUUGUUGGAAUUACUUAAAUUUAUGAUAUCUUUAUAUAAAUGUCAAUUGAGUUAGAUGAUGCUUAUUGAUUUCAGUGCUAUAUUUCUUACAUAAUGAGAAAACGAGCCUCAUAUGCAAGUGUUUGUACUUCUCUGGAAAUAUUUAAUGUUUUGUAGUGAUAAAAGAUGUAGAGAAAUAAAUAAAAUUAAAAUGAA